ACUGCAGGAGCUACAGGUGCUAUAGAAAUGCAAGCCGUUCUUUCUCCUGGUUGGGAAAUUGCCCAUUCAAUCUUCUGCUGGAUUUUGUCUCUGAAGUGCAACAUUGGUACAUUUUCAGCCUCCCUUCUACUUUUCCUCCACACCUCAGAGAAUGGAGAAAUUGUUUGGCCUCUGCAACAGCUAUCCACAGGAACAAAGCAUGUGGAGUAGCACGGUGACGAGCCCAUGUCCUCCCACUCCUUGGCUCCUGCAUUUUGUGCUGCACGUAAUUAUGCAAUAUGUUUACUGUUUUUGUGGUGCUAGUAGGAACAAUUAUAAAUGUUUACAUUUUCUCUUUUUUUCCUGGGCUAGCAGUGCGAAACAUAGAGAACAGUCCAUGCAAUUACUUCUGAUCUAAAAUGUAUUCCCUCCUUUUUCCUUACUCCAACAUGGUUCAAACAACAACAACGUGGUCUGGGGGGAAUCAACCAGUUGCAGAUUAUUUACAACGAUAUCUACUGAAGCACAACCAGUGGGUUGUGGGAAGGUGAAUGGUAGAAAUGUUGUGUCUGUUUUGCCCCACAGUUCCUUAAUAGACCAAUAGGUGCUACUGUUGAUCGGAACUGUUUACAAGCUAGGAAGUGUACUUUUGAAACACUUCCACGAUGGUAGAAUUUAUUUCCUGCAACAGCUUUCCUAACUCUUGGUAACCUUCUUGUUUUAAAACCCAAAUGUGGGGUCACAAGUUCGUUAAUCCUGGUUUACAUAAUUUUUAUCAGCCCCUUCAGCCUUUUCUGCUAUUCAAUUAGAUCAUAUCUGAUCUGCACUUCAUUUACUGAUCUUUGAUCCACAUCCUUCAAUACCCAAGACACAAACUACAGCUGAUGCGUAACUUUCCUGCUUUCGUUUUUUUUUUGUAUUACUUUUUGUACCUGUGCAUUUCUUUUCUUUUCUGAUAUUAUGCAUUGCCGCUGACCGGGAGAUCUAGGCCCAUUAUGCAUAAUUCCAGAAAAGAAAUGGGCAGGUGCCAAAAGCAAUCAAAGAGGCUACUGAACCAUGGGCCUUUAUCUCAAGCCAUUUGAAAUACAACAGUGAGGAGGUUAUGCACCAGCUGCCGCUGCCUGUGAAGUUCUUACCCGCCCGACAAUACUGCCCUUUCUUCCGUGAUCUUCUGAUCCUGGCUGACUGAGAAAUGUGCAGCACAGUGUUUCCCAUCGAAGUCCAGCGGACCAUAGAAGAGUCGGGGGAAGAAGAUGACAUGCCCUCUUUUUAUGGCACUAACUGCCAUAUUCAGGUGGAGUUGCUUGUGUUUAUUCGGGGCAACCCUUUGAUACUAUAAAAGUGAAGAUGCAGACCUUCCCUUACAUGUACAAAAAUGUGUUGGACUGUGUUGUAAAGACAUAUAAGGAACGUGGCAUUCGGGGAUUCUACCAAGGCACUACUCCUGCCCUAAUGGCUCAUAUGUCGGAGAAUGCUGUGUUAUUCUUGUCGUAUGGGUUUUGUCAAAGAAUAGUGAGGAAACUGUCUGGAAUGGAUAGCAAAGCUGAGCUCAGUGAUUUACAGAAAGCAGCUUCUGGCUCAUUUGCAUCAGUAUUUGCUUCAUUGGCCAUUUGCCCAACAGAGCUGGUCAAAUGUCGCCUCCAAGCAAUGCAUGAAAUGAAAUCCUCAGGAAAGCUAGAAAAAGGACAUCCCAGCACAGUUUGGGCAGUGAUCAAAAAUGUUUUGAAAACUGAUGGUCCUCUUGGCAUGUACCAAGGUCUAUCGAGCACUUUGAUGAGGGAAAUGCCUGGCUACUUUUUUUUCUUUGGUGGCUAUGAACUCAGUCGCACCCUUUUUACUACCAGAGGCGGGUCCAAAGAUGAUCUAGGUCCUAUCCCCUUGAUGGUGAGUGGUGGUUUUGGAGGUGCCUGCUUGUGGAUUGCUGUUUAUCCAAUCGACUGUGUAAAAUCGCGUAUACAAGUCCUCUCAAUGGCAGGCCAGCAGGCCGGUUUCUUUAGUACUUUCCGAAAAAUUCUUAUAAAAGAAGGUUUUAAAGCCAUAUAUUCUGGAUUAACACCAACAAUGAUACGUGCGUUUCCUGCCAAUGGUGCAUUAUUUUUGGCCUAUGAAUUGAGUAGAAAAGCUAUGAUGGAUUACAUGAGUGACUGAUGGAGAUUGAGAAAGAUUGAGAAGCCUUAAUCCCAAGAGUUUGAGCUGCAAGAAGGAAAAGUAUCAAAUUUUAGGAGCUAGCUGGAAUACUUGGUACUGUACAUGGAGAAGUGCAUAAAGUAGGUGCAAAGGAAUUCAAAAGCAGCUGAACUUAAUUUAACUUUCAAGCAAUAUUAACUUAAUUGUUGCCAAAUUGAACUGUUUUGUAAAAAUUAAAAUUGUGUUCCGUUUCCAAGAGAAACAAAUCAAAGCCCUUUGCUCGUAAGCAAAUCUUAUGUUGUGAAUUCAAACUUAAAAGGGGCACAGGAAAUAGGAUGGCAGCUUAAAAAUAAUUCAGCCACAGGCAUUCCUGACACUCCACUAUCACAAAUCUCAAGCUGGAAGGGAAAAGUGUGCUAAUUUUCUUUUUAGUAAAAGAACAUGGAGAGGAGUGGGUGGAGUGUGUGACGUAAUAGGCAAAGCAAUACCACUCCUAUUUCAGUACACUUGGCUGGUUGUUAGAAGCUGCCUUUCCUCACUGCCCCCAUUUUCAAAAUGGAUGCCAUUAAAUCAGAAAGAUAUG